AUGUUCUUUGUACUUCCUAGCGCUGUUUACCCACGACAAACUGUAGAACGUCUGUUUAAAGCACUGUACCAAUUGGGCAAUGUCAUUCACGCUAUGAGUUUUGUUGUGCUAAUGACAGAAUACUACAUUCGAUUACAAUCGAGCCUCCCUGACUACUUCACUCGAAGUGAAGUUUCCUUGUCACCACAGUUAGCGCUUGUCAUGAACUCAUGCAACUACUCAGGAAUGCUUAACGUUGGAGGAGUACGCAGCAAAGUGGAGGUGACGGAAGGUUCAUUGCCUGCUGUGCUGUUGUAUAUGACUCAAUAUAUUCUUGCUAUUCUUGUUGUAGAAUUUCUGGCGAUAGUGAACAAUGCACUUGGCAUAAUGGGCUACUCAGCAGGGAGGCGGCAUCUACGCGUGAUUGGUCUGCAUGUACCAGUCUAUCAUGUAAGUGCAACUAUUUCUAUUUUGUAUUGUAUUGCCCUUAUUGUGUUAUCAUGGGUGGUCUAUCCCACACGGACAUUCUACUCAGAUGCGGUGCUCUAUUGUGUGACGACGUUGGGUUCGGAGAAUAAUACGAUGUUACUCAUGUCAGAGUACGAUUCACUUCAUCUCUUUGAUACCCCUCUUGAAUGGGCUUUUGCUGCUGCUGUAGUGAAUCUUGCUCUCUAUAUUGCAGGGAUUGUAGUGCUUUCAUGGCACUCAUGUGAUUCUGCAACAGUGUUACUUUCGGCAUCAAGUGUUCCAUGGGAGAAACACGGUCUGAUGUGCACUACAGAUAAGGCUGCCCUACGCAUUCACACAACAGCACGAGAGACAAUCUUAAAAGAAGCACGUGAAGCACUGGCGAGGGGUGAAAAAGUACGUAUUGUGAGGAGUUACGCACUCAUGACAGAGGCAGACUAUGAAGCUCAAGUAGAGGAGAUGCGACGGCGAUUCGCAGAACGUGCGAAGGAAGAGCAAUAUGAACAAAUGUGCACAUACUUUGAACGUGAAUCUGAUCUUGACGAGGGAGGUCUCUUGUGGCGUCGACAGGUACUGCAGCCACCACCACCGCCACCACCACCGCAACGUCAUUACGAGCAGGGUCAAUAUGAGUUAGAUGAAGGACCAUUUAUUGAUGGUAAGCAUGUAGGACUUAGUGGGGAUGCCUUUGUCGACAUCUUUGAUAACCGUGAUCACGAAGAACAGUUAUGGAAUCAGUUUGGAGAUGACACUUACCUGAUGGAAGCAGACGAUGGCGGUGAGUUAGUGGGGGUAUCACCAAAUGAGAAGAAAAAGCGUCACCGACAUCACAAGAGACGACGCCAUCGUCAUCAUGAGGGUGAAAUCGACAGGAGCUACCACAAUAAGAGCAACGAAGAUGACGAGGAGGAAAAUGGUGCCGUGUUCAUAGAUGCGGAUGCGCUUGAGGAACCGGAGCCGUAUGAGAUUGAGGCUGAUGAGGGUGUGGGAGAGGCAGAAAUAGAAGAUGAAAUAGAGGAGGAGGAGGAUGAUCAGACUCACCGUCGUCAUCAUCGUCGUCGUCGUCAUCGCCAUCGUCGUGGAAGUGCUGAACCAAAUGUUGAAUUAGAAGGAGACUAUGAAAUGGCUUCGCCUAUUGAGGAUGCUGACGAGUUGUAA